AUGCAGGACCCCAAUGCAGACACUGAGUGGAAUGACAUCUUACGCAAAAAGGGCAUCUUGCCCGCAAAGGAAGAUUUGAAUGAACUGGAAAAGGAGGCAGAAGAGGAAGAGCAGCGAGUGCUUCAGCAGUCAGUUGUGAAAACAUAUGAAGAUAUGACUCUGGAAGAAUUGGAGGAUAAUGAAGAUGAAUUUAAUGAGGAAGAUGAACGAGCCAUUGAAAUGUACAGGCAGCAGAGACUGGCUGAAUUGAAAGCAGCUCAACUGAGGAAUAAAUUUGGAGAAGUUUUAGAGAUCUCAGGAAAGGAUUAUGUUCAGGAAGUUACCAAAGCCGGAGAGGGCUUGUGGGUGAUCUUGCACCUUUACAAACAAGGGAUUCCCCUCUGUUCCCUAAUAAACCAGCACUUCAGUGGACUUGCCAGGAAGUUUCCUGACGUCAAAUUUAUCAAAGCCAUUUCAACAACCUGCAUCCCCAAUUACCCUGAUAGGAAUCUGCCCACAAUAUUUGUUUACCUUGAAGGUGAUAUCAAGGCUCAAUUUAUUGGACCUCUAGUGUUUGGUGGCAUGAACCUGACAAUAGAUGAGUUGGAGUGGAAAUUGUCUGAGUCUGGAGCAAUCAAGACAGACCUGGAGGAAAACCCUAAGAAGCCAAUUGAAGACGUUUUGCUGUCCUCGGUGCGCAGCUCCAUCCCCGUGAGCAGAGACAGCGAUUCUGAUGAUGACUGA